AUGGAGAAGGCAGAAGAUAGGCAGCUGUCUCUAAGUGACAGCGAUAUGAACAGCUGGAGGUCACCCAAGUCAGACAUCUGUUCUAGUGAAUGUCAGCCACACACAAACAAUGUCCAUCUCAUUUCUCUCUUACCUCCAUCUCUACUCUUUUUUCGACUUUACACACUAAGCCUCUUUGAAUCCACUUUUCUCCAUGUCCCUACACCCAUCCUCAGGCCCCCACCCACAGUUCAGGCCAUCAUCGUUCCCAGUCUGAAACGAGGAGUCUUACUCAAACGCUGGCCUGGUCAAACACUUCAAGAGUCUGACACUCCUUGCAAGGCACUCAUUGUGGAAAAGUUCCUGAGAGGAGUCAGCGCGGGGCUUCGGGAGGUGGCAUCUUGGCUCAGGACGCCCGUUCUGACACUGCUCGGUCCAUCCCACUUUCUCUGCUGCAGUUCGGGGACCCGCUACAUCCGUCUCCCGGAACCGCUCCUUCACCAUGGUGCCGGCUGCUGGGCGCCCUUCUCGGGCUCCGACUACAGAAACCACUGUCGCUGCAGCUUCCCGGGCGCUUCUGGAUUUAGGGCUCAGGGAGCAGCCGCUGUCCCUCGGCCACUGUACAGCACCGCACGUGCCGCUUCCUCUUCUGCCCCGGGGUCUGUCCAGAGAGGCUUCUCACCUGCUGCUGUGCGACCUCCCGCUACACCGCCACCUACUGGAGCGUGCUUAAAAUGCACCAGAGCGCGCUAAUCAAAAAAGAAAAAGAAUCCCCCUUUCUGGUAUGUUUGAUCUAUGCAUGUGUUCCUGGUGCCUGAGGAGGCUGGAAGAGUGUAUUUGAACCUCUGUAUGGUGGCUGGGGCUUAAACCUUCAUCCUCUACAAUAGAAGCCAGUGCUCUUAACUGCUGAUCCAACUCUCCAACCACUUUUUCUUUGUUUGUUUUUGGAGAUUGUGUCUCACUAUGAGGCUCUGGCUGUCCUGGACUCAGUAGACAAGCAGGCCUCAAACUCACCAACAUCUACCUGCCUCUGCCUUCUGAAUACUGGGAUCAAAGGCAUGGGCCACCAUAUCCUACUUCUGACUUGCAUGUUUAAAGUGCUUACUGUACAGCGGCCCUGUGCUAGCAUUGAGGAUGAGCACUAGACAACAAAUCAAACCUCACACGGCUUCCAUCUCCCUGGAAGACAGACAGCAAGCAAAAUGAAACACACCCAGCUUAUAUAGAGGCUCCAGUGUCAGAAGGGCUAAAGAUGCUCAGAUCAGCUCCAGCCCACAAUGUCACCAGUGCAGCGAUACUUCAUUGUCAUAGCCGUGGUCAUGGGGCUCAAGACAAUUCUAGAAUGGGAAAAGGUAAAGGGAUGAGGUAAGAAUUGACCAAAACUUUAUACAGAGCGGUGAUGAUCAGUAUUUGUUCUGCUAAAUCCUACAUAUAGACUUCCAGCUCUGGAUGACUCAAUCAGUAUGUGUUCUGCUAAAUCCUACAUAUAGACUUCCAGCUCUGGAUGACUCCCAGGACAUGCAGAGUGGUGACUAGAACUUGAGACUUGGACAUUCUGGUGUAGAUCCAUUUCUGCUGGGCCACUGGAUUGAGUGUCAAACUUGAAAAUUCGUUUGUCUACCAGGUAGUAUGAGUUGUGAGACAGGGUAGGAUAGCUUGGGAAUUUUGCUGUUGUUUAAACUGGGUUGUGUGCAUUGUAUGGGUAUGUGUGAUAUGUGUGCAUAUGUGUUUUUGUGAGUGUGAUCAUGGGUGUUGUGGUCAGUGGAUGGCCUCAGGUGUUAAUUCUUACCUUCUACCAAGAGACUGGGCCUCUUUGGAUUGUAUUUUUAGUCUGUAUAGGGAGAAGUGUGUGCAUGCCAUUGCUUGCAUGUGGAGAUCAGAGAACUUUGGGAGUCUAUCCUCUCCUUCCAACUUUACAUGAAUUUCAAGGAACAAAGUUAGGUCAUCAGGCUUCAUGGCAAGUUCUUUUACCAGCUGAACCAUCUAAGUUGGUUCUCUUUAUUGUGUUUGCCACUGAGUGUGCCUGGAAAAGUGGGCUGUGUUUCUAUUGGUUCUCUUGUCUGUCUCCCAGCUCACCAGAGGAACACUAGGGUUAGAGAUACAACAGCUUCCACACUCAGUUUUACAUGGGUUCUGGGUUUCAAAUGUAGGGAUUCACGCUUGUGUGAAAAGCACUUUACCCAGUGAGCCAUUUACCCAGCCUGGCUUGUUUUCUCCUCCUCCUUCUUUUGUACAGUUCUUCAAGACACAGUUUCUCUGUGUUGCCCUGG